AUGCGGUUCAACGUUCGAGAGGCCGACUGGGAAAAGUUCGAGGCGACCCUUGAUAAGGAGGCCCUUGAGAGACUUGCGGACCAUCCGCUGAAUCUUCCAGCGGAUGUUGAGAGAAUGGCAGAAAUACUGGGUGACGUACUCACGAAAGCCUGCGAAGAUUCGAUACCGCGCAGGAAACAUUACCGUCGCGCGAAUCCGUGGGGGACCGUGGAGCUGACCAGCAAACGCAAGUUGCUGGAGAGGGUACAUUAUCACGAAAGCAACGCGAAUCCCUGGGGCUUUCACUACAAAUACGCGGCGGAUACAUUGCCAGUAGGCACGGUACCCAGCACAUUUAGAACUGCGAAUGGCGCGACACUCACAGUGCGUCAGACUACUAAGGUACGGUUAGACACACACGUACCCGACGAUGACCCCAACGAAGACACACCGGAACAUACAGACAUUCGCGAACGCGGGAGGAACCUAAGGGUUCAGACAGAGGACGCACCAGACGUGGCGGACAACCAACUUAACGGUUUCGUAAAGACCCUUACGAAAGACAAAGCCCCCGGAUGCGAUUUAAUAGAAGUUAGGGUCCUGAAAGCCGACGUGAUGACGAUGCCCAAUAUCUUCACCAGACUUUUCAACGCCUGCCUUACGCACGGCGUUUUCCCCAUCGUUUGGAAAAUCGGCACAAUCCGUGCACUCCUCAAAGCAUUUCACAAGGAUGUCCUUCACAGGAUCCUGGCGGUGAAAGUCCUUACCGAGGAGAAGAUAUCAGGACGUCUUUAUGGCCUUCUGCCUGAACGCUCCACGAAAGACGAGUAG